ACCAGAGGCCAAAAAAGGGACCAAAACCCUUGUGUUCGGAAUAGGACAAAAGCAACUCAGAUAAGGGAAACCCAAAACGAAAAACCCAGAGACUAGUCUCAAUGGCGAACCUGAAGUCGGCAAUGGACUCUGCAUUUUGGGAUCAGAACAUAUCCACCCCACAGACUUUGGAAGGCACGGCAAAGUCGGUUCCAGGCGAGUCGUUUCCGGUGGAUGGAGCUCGAGCCAGCAGAGCCCUUAGAAUUCAACAGCUUUCACUUUUGAGAAACGGGUUUCCUUUGGGUAUCAUUCCUUCUCUGUCUCCUCCUUUACAGAAAGAGUUGGGUUCUUUCUCUCUUCAGUCUCUCUUGCUCAGACCCUCCACUUCUAACUGGUGGCUUGGAAUAAUUGGUCAGUUUAGGCCAAAGAAACUAAUCUCUGCUAUUAAAACGGAGCUUCAGAGUGCUGAUGAGUUGGAGCUUUCUGUUUUCCGAGAUGCGGCUAAGCAUUUUCUUGACAAGGCACUGUAUUCAAUUGCGUUAGCCACUCAGCUUUCCUUGUCUCCCUCUUCAUCCUUACUGUGGAGCACAGAACGGCAGGGUGAGAGGAAAGGUUAUCGCAACAAGUUCAAGCUUUAUCACCAGCUUCCUGAUCACGAUAUCACACUGGAUGCUGCAUGGCCUGAGCUUUUUAUGGACCAUAAAGGAAAAUAUUGGGAGGUUCCAGAAUCAAUAUCCUUAGAUGUGUCUUCUCUUCCUUCUGAUUCAGGGUUACUAUAUCAUUUUGGUAUACACAGAAACAGUGGCCAUCCCCAGGCUUUCAAUGCACUAGGUGGUGAGGCUCCUUCUGCUUUAAUGCCAGGAUUUUGUGCAAAGGCUGCAUUUUCUUAUGAGAAGAGCAAGGAUUUUUGGAGGCGAAAGGAGACAAAAGAGGAUGUCUUUGUAAAGACCAACAAAGGAUCAUUUUUCCGACCAUCAUAUGAUGUGUGUCUUAAAGAACCUCAUGCAGCAAUAUCUGGAAUUAUAGGAGGCACAUGUGCGGCCUGGUUUGGAGGAAGGAAAAACUCCGCAAGUGCUAAAUCACAAGGAGAGGGUGACAUUCCUACAACCAUUAACAAGAGAAGUCCUUUGAAUGUGGAUUUAUUUGGGUCAGUUUGCUACACUUUUCAGCAUGGGCAGUUCCGGAAGCUAUAUGGUGAUCUAACCCGAGUAGAUACUCGUUUGGACAUAUGUUCACUUCCAUCAUUCGCCAAAAGAAUUUUCAAGAGUUCUUCUGUUAGUAGUGCAGACAAUUCACUAUCAUCUCCCAGACUAAAUUUGAUCUUUCAACAGCAGGUUGCAGGGCCAAUUGUCGUUCGAGUAGAUUCAAAGUUCUUGCUUGAUUCGAAAUCAGGGGAACGAGGCCCUCACAUUGAGGAUCUCAUUUACAGCCUGAGCUACUCCUUGAGGCUUCUGCAUUCGGGAAAAGUUGUCGCUUGGUAUUCUCCAAAGAGAAAGGAGGGGAUGAUAGAAUUGCGCCUUUUCGAAUUCUAGCUUGUAAUCAUAGAGGGUAACAUUAUUGAAAACUAUAAUAGGUUGGAAUUGUAGCCUUGAGGGUUCAUUUAUUAAUUUAAUGCUUUUUUAACAUGCAAAUUCACCUACAA